AUGGCCUUUGCUAGAUUUGCACGCCCUACACAGAGAUUCUUACCAUUUGCAAUUGGUGCUGUUGCCGUCACAGCUGGUGCUCUAUAUUUGAAUGGUUGGAAUACCAUAAAGAAUGAGAACCCUAAGGUCUUUAUCGGUGAUAGAAAAUGGAUUGACCUAGAAUUGGAAAAGAUCAUUGAGGAAUCUCAUGACACUAAGAGAUUUUUCUUCAAACUACCAACCGAUGAUUCAGUCAGUGGUUUGACUCUUGCAUCUGCUGUGCUAACAAAGUUUAUGACUCCAAAAGGCAACCCUGUUAUCAGACCAUACACCCCAGUUAGUGACUUGUCAGAAAAGGGUUACAUAGAGUUUGUAAUCAAGCAUUAUGAAGGUGGUAAGAUGACUGACCACCUGUUCCAAUUAAAGCCAAAGGACACUUUGGCUUUUCAGGGCCCUAUCCCUAAAUGGCAAUGGAAGCCAAACUCCUUUGAUACUAUAACUUUGCUAGGUGGUGGUACUGGUAUUACUCCAUUAUAUCAAUUAGUUCACCACAUUACCCAAAAUAAGGAAGACAAGACUAAAAUCAACCUAUUUUACGGCAGUAAGACACCAUCUGACAUCUUGUUAAAGAAAGAAUUAGAUGACUUACAGAAGAAAUACCCAGAACAACUCAACAUUCAAUACUUUGUUGACAAGGACGACACCGGAAAGUUCGAUGGAAAUAAGGGCUUCAUCACCAAGGAUUUCUUAGCUAAGAAUGCCCCAGGUCCAAAGGAAAAAACGCAAGUUUUUGUUUGCGGUCCUCCACCAUUCAUGGAUUCUUUAUCUGGUCAAAAGAAGUCACCAAUGGAACAAGGUGACCUAACUGGUGCUUUGAAAGAUUUGGGUUAUUCUCAAGAUCAAGUAUUCAAGUUUUAG